AUGAUUUCAGAUCCCAACCACCCUUUGUAUCUUCAUCACUCUGAUCAUCCGGGAGUGGUGUUAGUAUCUCAACUCCGUACUGAAGAUAACUACAGUACAUGGAGUCGAGCCAUGAUUACGGCGUUGAGAGCAAAGAACAAACUUGGUUUGGUUGAUUGGUCUAUACCAAAGCCGAGCGAUUCCUCGGCGAAGGAAUUGCAGCAAUGGACUCGCUGCAAUGAUAUGGUCAAGUCAUGGUUGUUGAAUUCCCUAUCAAGGGAGAUAUCCCCAAGUGUGAUCUACUGCGAUCUUGCUCAUGAGAUUUGGGAAGAAUUGAAGGAACGCUUCUCACAAGUGAGUAGUCCGCAUGUAUUUCAGAUCAAGCAAGAAAUUCAUAACCUUGCUCAAGAUACUUUGUCCGUGGUGACAUAUUUUACUAAGUUGAAGGCUCUUUGGGAUGAGUUAUCAGCUCUUUGUCCUAUAUCUUCAUGUACUUGUGCUGCAAUGAAGGAUGCUCUGCAAUAUCAACAGAGACAAAGAACUAUGAAGUUCCUUAUGGGUCUGAACCAAUCAUAUUCAGCUGUUCGUGGGCAAAUUCUAUUGAUGGACCCACUUCCCUCUGUCAAUCGAGCAUAUUCAUUGGUUCUUCAAGAGGAACGACAGAGAGAAGUAUCAUCCAACAGAUCUCCUACUCCUGAUGUUGCGGCCCUUACCGUAAAGGGGAACUUGAAUGUCAACAAAAAUACAGGAAAGAAGAGUACUGAAAAAAAUAAGCGUCCGAAUUGUGAUCAAUGUAAAUGGGAAGGCCACACGAUGGACAAAUGCUAUCGGCUUCAUGGCUAUCCUCCGGGUCAUUGA